GAGGAUGUUUUUAUAAAAAAUGAGAGUAGAAAUAUCUUUAAAAAGAAAGAAAAAGAGGCUUAUGAAAGGAUGACCUUCCGUCCGAAACGAAAUGAAAGAGACGCGAAGGUUAAAGAAAAUCCACCCGGGCUACCUGGAAAGCGCAAAAAAAAAAAUCGCAAAAAAAUUAUUGAAACUGGAACUUGCCAUGUCUUUCUUGGGGCCAAAUUUGACUCCCAGCGUUCAGUCAAUCUCUAACCUUCCUUGUGGUGACCCAUGGGAAUCUGGGUACCACACAUGAUGAGAGGACCGCCCUCAAGGUACCAGAAAUGGUUACCAAACGCUACCACUUUUUCCUUCUUUCUCCUCUUUCUCCUUCUCUCUCCUGCUUCCUCCUUUCCCUUCAGUUCCGAAGACGAAGUCGACGCCACGAACGAACACAGGAGUCUUGAGGAAACCUUCGCCAGGGGUCACGCGGGGUUCGAGGAUGGGAGUUUCGAGGUCAACGGGCACUCGGUCGGUCUAGGGACAGGCCCCCAGGGUAGCGUCGCGGCCCUGACCACCUCGGGUCAAGUGGCCGCCGCGCAUAACCACUUCUCCCUCCGGCUUGGGAGUUCGGAGGAUCCCAGGAGUCGGGAAGCGGGGAGUCGUGAGUCCCACUUGGGGUCCUUCUCCUCCCAGCACGUCAUCUUUGGGAGCAGCGAUGAUGACGACGAUGACGAUUACGACGAUGGGGACGAUCUGUACGACUUUGAUGACGACAGCGUCAAGUUCAUGAGCCUCGGGAGGCGGUACCACCCGGCUGGCAUCCCCAAGAUCGCCCCUGAUAAGGUCCUGAUACCCCAGCCCGCGAGCUUCCCUCCUCCGCCGGUCCCCAACACGGGCAAGCAACUCGUCCAGACCUUCCGCAAUCCGAACUUCCACUCGUUCGAGCUCUCGAGCGAGACGCCCGAUGAUGACCUGGACGACCUGGUGGAGGACGCCCUCGAGCGAGCUGGCUUUGACGACGAUGACUUCGACGACGACGACCUCAUCUUCCGCCCCGAGAGCUUCGUCAACAUGUACAACGACCAGACGAGCGAGCACCGCCUGGCCCUCAGCGAGAACCUGCUGGGGUCGUACUACCACAACAUCGACACGCAGGGGAGCAUCCACUGGAACUACAAGCUCGACGACCAGUUCCAGGACCACACUGUGCAUCGCAACGGCAACAUGGAGGGCAGGUUCGGCUGGACGGCCCCCGGGGGACAGGAGGUACGCGUCCAGUACGUGGCGGACGAGGGGGGAUACCGCGUCGUCAGCUCCCAGGGCGUCCACCCGGUGGAUAGCGACGAGGUGGAGGAAGCCAAGCGCCUCCACUUCCUCGUCCACAAGAACCUGGCAAAUCAGGGCCACGGGUACGGCACCAGCGCCCCGGCCGUGCCCUUCCCCAUUGGCACUCCAGUGGCAGGACCUCCAGGACAAGGCGCAGGAGCUCCCCUCACCCCAGGACAAGGCGCAGGAGCUCCCCUCACCCCUGGCGCCUCCUCCGAUCCCUGUCUCCUGCUGGGGAAGCAGCAUCCCAGCCUCGUGCCGCCUGAGUGCCGCGUGCCGGGGCAGCUCGGAGCGGAUGGGAGCGUGGGCGGGGUGCCCUUGCCGGGUAUCGGGGGGGCGCCGGGCACAGCUCCUGGCGCAGGGGCAGGUGCCGGCUUCGACACGUCCAGCGGAGGCACGCCCCUGCCCGGGCUGGGGGGAUCUGGCGCCGGGGGGUUUGACACCGGAGCAGGUGCCGGAGGUGGAUUUGGUGCCGGAGCAGGUGCUGGAGGAUUUGACACUGGUGCCGGAGGUGGAUUUGGUGCCGGAGCAGGUGCUGGAGGAUUUGACACUGGUGCUGGAGGUGGAUUUGGUGCCGGAGGAGGUGCAGGAGGCUUUGACACUGGUGCCGGAGGAGGCUUUGGCACCGGGGCAGCUGAUGGGGGUGUCCCACUUCCUGGCAUAGGUGGAGCAGGAGCCGGAGCAGGAUUCGACACUGGAGCCGCUGGAGGAUUUGACACCGGAGCCGCUGGAGGAGGAGCAGGAUUUGACACUGGCUUCGGAGGAGGAGCUGGAGGAGGAGCCCCCGGCGGAGUUCCUCUCCCCGGAGUGGGUGGAGCUGGUGGAGCGGGGUUUGACGGAGGAGCUGCUGGUGGAGCUCCCGGAGGAGGAUUUGGUGGAGCUGGAAGCCCGGGGUUUGACGGAGGAGCUCCCGGAGGAGGAUUUGGUGGAGCUGGAGGCUUUGACGGAGGAGCUGGUGGAGCUGGAGCGGGGUUUGAUGGAGGAGCCGGAGGAGGAUUUGGAGCUGGCGGAGCUCCCGGUGGAGUCCCUCUUCCCGGAGUAGGUGGAGCUGGUGGAGGAGCGGGGUUUGACGGAGGAGCUGCCGGAGGCUUCGACACUGGAGCUGGAGGCGGAGGAGGCUCUGGAGGAGGAGCUGGAGCGGGGUUUGAUGGAGGAGCUGCCGGAGGAGGAUUUGGAGCUGGUGGAGCUGCCGGAGGAGCUGGAGGCUUUGGAGGAGGAGCUACCGUGGGAGUUCCUGCGCCCGGGAAAGUGGAGCUGGUGGAGGAGCUGGUGGAGCUGGAGCGGGGUUUGAUGGAGCUGCCGGAGGAUUUGGGGAGGAGCGGGAGGAUUUGGAGGAGCUGGAGAGGAGAUGGAGCUUUGGAGCGAGAGUACGUGGGAGUUCCUGCGCCCGGGAUAAGUGGAGCUGGUGGAGCAUCGGCGGGGUUUGACGGAGGAGCUGGUGGAGCUGGCUCCGACGCUGGAGCUGGUUUUCCGGGGUUUGACGGAGGAGCUGCCGGAGGAGCUGGUGGAGCAUCGGCGGGGUUUGAUGGAGCUGCCGGAGGAGGAUUUGGUGGAGCUGGAGGAGCGGGGUUUGAUGGAGGAGCUGCCGGAGGAGCUGGAGCUGGUGGAGCUGGUGGAGGAGCGGGGUUGGAGACGGAGGGUGUUGACGGAGGCUGCCGGAGGUUUCAGGGAUUUGGAGGAGCUGCGAGGAGGAGAGCGGGGUUUGACAGCUUGGAGGAGCUGUGCUCCGGGGAUUCUCCCGGAGUGGUGGAGCUGGGGGAGCUGGUUGAGCGGGCGGUGGCUUCGGCCCGGAUGCGGGGGGAGCUUGCUGGCUGGGAGCUUCUGGCAGCUGGGUUGAGCUUGGUGGAGCUGGGUGGAUCGCUGGUGGGCUGUGGAUUAUUGACGCGUGAGCUUGGUGGAUUUGACGCAGGAGCAAGUGGAUUUGAUGCCUCUGGUGGAGCUGGUGGAUUCGACGCCUCUGGUGGAUUUGGCACAGGUGGAGCUGGUGGAUUGAUGCCUCCGGCGGAUUUGGCACCGGUUCGACUGGCGGCGUAUCUCUACCUGGAUUAA